AUGCACUUGCUCGGGCCCACCAGGGGCAUCGUUACUUGGUUCCUAUUAUCCGGUCUAGUACGUGCCAUCGAUCUGGAUGUUAGCGAUGAACAAUCGCUCAAAGAUGCCGCAAGUACAUCGACCUAUGCUAUGAUGAAAUAUUAUUACGGAAACGAAACCGGGCAGAUUCCCGGCGCCUUCCCGGAUAAAUGGUGGGAGGGCUCGGCUCUAUUUCUGGCACUCUUGGAAUACUGGCAUUUCACCGGGGAUACAACGUACAACGAGGAAUUGAGCAUUGGAUUGCAGUGGCAAUCGGGCGAUUCUGGCGAUUACAUGCCAAGUAACUACAGUUCCUAUCUUGGAAACGAUGAUCAGAUGUUCUGGGGUCUUGCAGCCAUGACAGCAGCGGAAUAUGGGUUUCCAGACCGCUCGUCCGGGUUUUCUUGGCUAUCAUUAGCACAAGGUGUCUUCAACACUCAGAUCAAACGAUGGGACACGUCUUCAUGUGGCGGUGGUCUCCGGUGGCAAAUAUGGCCCUAUCAGAACGGCUACGGAAUGAAGAAUUCCAUCUCCAACGGUGGUCUAUUCCAAUUGUCUGCACGACUGGCCCGUUACACUGGAAGUUCGAUUUAUCUCGAGUGGGCUAAUAAAAUUUGGGAUUGGUCUGUUUCCUCGCCGCUUCUCAGCAAUACAACUUGGAACGUCGCCGAUUCAACAAAUGUGGAUAACGACUGUGCCACUCAGGGAAACGCCCAGUGGACAUACAAUUACGGGACUUUCCUAAUGGGAGCUGCCUACAUGUAUAACUAUACAAAUGGGACCACCCAAUCUCAAUGGCUGACCGCUGUCGAUGGUCUUUUGAACGCAACUUUCAAGAAUUUCUUCCUCACCGGAGGAAUCAUCGAGGACUAUUACUGCGAGCCAGCGGCUAAUUGCAAUAACAAUGAGAUUCUCUUCAAGGGUCUCACUUCUUCAUGGUUGGCGUUGACUGCUAUCCUUGUCCCGUCAACUUAUGACAGCAUUGUCGCAAAACUGCAAACUUCGGGCCAAGCUGCUGCGGCCUCCUGUACUGGCCAUAACAAUGGUACUUGUGGCGUGCGCUGGUAUAAAUCUACCUAUGAUGGAUGGAUGGGAAUGGAGGAAGAGAUAAGUGCCACAAACGUCUUCACCGCGAAUCUGGUCACUUUCAAUAAAACCGGGCCUGUGACAUCGACCACCGGAGGAAACAGUACCAGCAACCCUACUGCGGGCGAAGACGAUACCGAUUCCGACAGCUCAAAAACAACUACAAUCACAUCAGGGGACAAGGCAGGAGCUGGAAUCCUGACAGCUGGGUUUGUAGCCGGCUGGGUCGCAUUAAUGGCUUUUAUGGUAGUGGGUUGA